UAAAAAUCAAACAACCACCAACCAAACCAAACAUAUCAACUCCAAUAGACACAAGAAGAUCAGAAUUGGUCCGAGCAUAUUUGUCAGCUGUUCGUGGUUUAAGGGCAGUGGGUGAUAUUUCAGGAAGCAGAAAGAGCUUGGUUGCAGUUGCAGUUCCUCAACAGCACUUUUUUGCAAAGUCAGUGAGUUGUGCAGAGCGACACAAGUCUCCUGCUAUCCUGAUGGACAGUCCACAGGAAGCAGACACUGCCCUUGCUUGAGGACACUGCUCUGACUCCAUCCUAAGAAAAGGUGUGAGGAGUAGGACCAUGCUUGGUGUUUGUCAGUCCACAGAACAAGACCUACAAGAACCCAAGACAACAUGACUAACUUGAGGAAGCAGAGGACUUGAUUUAAGGAUAUCUGGCAUUGCCACAGAGGCUUCAGCUUUUCAGCUGUAGCAUGGGGAGAAUGAUACGUAUGCCUUUUAACAGAGCUUUGAGAUCAACUGAAGAAAGGUACUAGAUCAAGUUUCAUUGCUGGACUCUGAACAGUGACCACGAGAGGUCCUUCCUCUACAAGCACAUCAUUGCUGUGUGGAUGCUAACAUGUACCUGCAUUUGCAGCUUGUUGCUUUUAGGGCUGUGACACUUUUAAAACUUUAAAUAUGUAUUUUAAAUUAAAACAGUGUGAUAAUGCCACAUUUUAGGGACAUCUUUUCAAAUUAAAGUUUAACAACAUGAGAAACCGAUGAGUAGCUAUUGCUAAUGACUUCUGGCUUUCAUGAUGUGAGGCUGAAACAAACACAUCUAAGAAACGAGAACAAAACUGGAAGGAACUUCUAUGGUUUCUGAUGCAAGAACUGCAAUGUGCCAAUAAGCAGCACCUUUAAGAAGAAGCUCUUUCGUUGUAUGCCAUUUUACUUCUCACAAUGCACUGGACUUAGUUAUCCAUGAAAUUCAGAAUGACUUUUUCAAACAGAAAAGGUCAGUAUAUACCAACAAACACCACAUACUAUUUAAGGUAUGGCAGUUCUGUUUAUGUUGAAUGCGAUAAAAUAUCUGAAAUCUUACUUGCAUUAGGAUAAACAGAGAAUAACUGAUUUUUCAAAGUGUAAAGAGAUCUUGAUUUCUGUAGUGUCAAGUGCCUAGAAAUACUGCUAAGAAACAAUAAAAAUAUCUUAGACACAUCACAGAUAUUAACCCCUCACUGUGAGCAAAACCAGUUUAUAAAAACGUUACAGGUGUUUUCUCUUUUCCACAAGAGAGAGAAAUGCUAAAUAACAUUUUUCCCUCCCAUCUUAUUUAUGAAAACAAGGUGACCAGUCAUACAAAACCAGUCAUACAAAGAGGUACAAAUACUACUUUGUGAAGUUAAUAUCAUUGUCAUUUUAGAAGAAAAGAUUUCAAAAUCUCACCCAGGAAGAAAACCUUCUUGUAUUGCAGGAUUCACAGGUGAAAUGGAAGACAUAUCAGAGUCAGUUUUAAAUUAGAUUUUUCAGGUUGCAUUAGCAGUAUAACCAGGAUAGUACAGAGCCCAGCAUUGUGCAUUUUUUCCAGCUUUCUUUCCGUGACUGUAGUGUGGACAUCCUCUUGAUACCUUCAUAGACGCAAACAUGCUUCAGUAUGACACCCCACCUGAACUUUUCUUCUCCCACAUACUCUCAUAAUACUUAAAAAUCCUAACAGAAAAUACAUUUAGAAUAAUCAAAAUUGUAUUUAAUCUCUCUUGGCAGAAGCAUUAUAUUAAAAACGUAUAGCAUAUGUAUUAAACUUUCUGCUAACUUUCAGUUAGCCUCCAUCAGUUCCAGACAGGAAAGCCUAUUUGCACUAAUCCAAGAUGGCCUUUUCUAACAUUUUCUAAUAUCCUAUUUUGUAACACCCUGUGACCGCAUAUUAGAAUGAAAUGGCCCUGAGCAGCAGGACUGCACUGCACGUGCUGCUUAGACUAGUAGGAUCUGAGCAGAAUCUCCACUGAGCCUGAGUAUCCAUGCUAUUUAAUCCAUUACUCAGAUGUACUGUCCAUGGAGAAGGAAUUGACUGAAAUGUGUGCAAAACCCAGCACACUGUAGCAGGCAAAAUUUGUAGCUUUGAUAGAACAGCAUAUGGUUAUUUUCUGGCUCUGGGAAGGGCAGAUUUGUGCUUCAAAUAAACAAAUUGAUGAAUGAGUAGCAGAAUUCAAAGAAUAUCUCUGAUGUUUGCUGAAGAACAACGGAAAUGAUCUUAAGAGAGGUAAACUGAGAACACAGCUCAAAAACAAAAUCAUGAUUUCUCUAAGAAUCUUUUCUUUUCACCUACUACUAAUUCAUGCUUAAGGGUAUGGUAACAUCUCAAGUACUACAGCAGUUCCUCCUCCCAGCCUUCUCAGCUUGUUUUCUCUAGACUGGAAGAUGUUUGAAUAACCAUUACAGCUUGUUCCAUGUGUAAGAAUCCAGGUUUACUCCUUGAGUAAGAGCCAGAUAGAAAGCUCUGCUGGCAUUUCAGAUGGGCUCUGUACACUCCUACUCUUACCCAGUCUUUAUGUAUUCUUUCAUUUUUAGAAUAUGUACAAGGAAGAUUUCAGGAAUAUGACUGAAGAAAAUAUGGCUAGCAAUGGCUCCUCCUCUUCCUUCAUCCACACGAACUCCAUGAGUGCCAUCCUGAUUACUGUCUACUCAGUUGCCUUUGCUGGAGGUGGGAUAGGGUCCAUUGCAAUGUCAUUUGUGCUGGUCAAGAUGAACACUCUGUCCGUGACCACCACAGCCAUCAUUAACCUGGUUGUGGUGCACUGUCUCCUUCUCCUCACAGUGCCCUUCCGCCUGCACUACUAUGUCAACAAGGAAUGGGUCUUCCAGAUGCCAUUCUGCAAAAUGGUGAGUGCUAUGGUGCACCUCCACAUGUACCUGACCUUCCUAUUCUAUGUGAUUACGCUGGUGAUCCGGUGGCUGAUCUUCUUUCAAUGGAAGGAUAAGGUAGAAUUUUAUAGGAAGCUGCAUGCCAUUGCCGCAAGCAUUGCCGUGUGGAUCUUCGUCAUUGUCUUUGUGGUGCCACUCUUCUGCAUUGAGUACGGACGCUCAGGGACAUAUGAUAAUAAAACAUGCUUUAAGUUCCACAAAGAGCUGCAGCAGGACAGUGUGAAAAUCCUGAACUACCUAAUAAUUGUGGCCGUCGCCUGUAUUACUUGUGUUCUCUUGAGCUUGCAGAUUUUCAUUCUGAUAAAAGUGUCAAGAAAACUCUCCACCUCCCUCUGGUCACACCAAGAGUUCUGGGCCCAGGUGAAAAACUUGAUUUUCAUCUGUGUCAUCAUAAUUUGCUUCCUUCCCUAUCACCUCUUUAGGGCCUACUACAUACAGCACGUGAAUGACUAUGAACAGUUAGAAAGCUACAAUGAAGUUUUUUUGAGUCUGACUGCACUCAGCUGCCUGGAUCUGCUGUCAUUUGUGCUGAGCGGAAGCCGCCUCUUCAAGCAAAAUGUGGCUGUGCUUCGAAGCAGGUUGCCUUGCUGCUAGUACCAACCACCUGCUGCACAUGGACUGGUGGAGCAUGGUGCUGGACAGAUGGAGCAAACCCACUUCCCAGCAAGUCAUGGUGGACCCUGGAAACAACAUAACACACUCAUGCAGGGCUCUGCUCAUCUUCUCCCCAAAAUAAUGGGGUGAUCCACAUCUCAGCUCAUAAACUGGAGGGCUGCCUCUGGGAUUUCCUCACAGCAAUACCUAGCGAGUUGUGGAUACACCUUGAGGAGUGGGGAGAAAUGGCAUGAGCCCAUGGCUCACAGAUUUUACUUCUUUUAGAUCAAGCUUUGUGAAAUCUGAGGCACUAGAAUGAGACUUAAGAGAACUUGCAAAGUAUGUAGAAACACACAAAAAAAAAAAAGGAAAAAAAGAGAGAAUUUUUUUAUGGAAUUAGGGACUGCAUUUUUAAAAUUCAAAGAUCUAUAUUGUCUUCCACAUACAUUUCUUAUUUAUUGCCUGCAAGCAUAAAAUAUCAGUGAAACUAUUAUUCUACGUGAAUACGUCUGUUUCUUCACUGUAAAGACAAGCAUAACUUUCUAAAUGAACGAUUCAAUCAACUCUUUAAAAACAAUCUAUUUUUUUUCUCUAAAAGACUUUCUCAGAAUCACCUUUUGGAGAUGGUAUCAUUACAGCAGAAAAGAGCUUUGUUUUUUUUACCACAUUGUGAAAAUGUCUCCACCAACAAAAAUUAUAUAUCCUCAUUGAAUAUUGUAAGCUCAGACCAAAAGACUGCAUUUUUACUUACAGAUUUAUUCAUUUUCAAACAAGAAUAGCUAACGGUGAGGAUCAUUUUAUUUAGAUCAUUCAGAUAAUAGUUGUCUUUUCAUAAAAAGUCAAAUAUUUUAGGUCCCCAAGGUAACAAUGCUUUUUUUAAUCCUAUGUUGAUUUUGUGUAAUUCUGAAGUUUGUAACUAAUUACUCUCAGUACCUUUAUCUUGAAAUCAAUGCUUUAAAUUUAGUACCCUGGACUAGGAGAAGAAAUUAAAAUGUUACUGCUUGGAUUGGAGGGAUGGAAAAGCUGAUAAACCUGUUUUAGCUAAAGAGCUUACUAUACCUCAGUGGGGCAUUGUGAGGUGCUAGCUGUGAAGACAGAGUUGAACUGUAUUUGAAAAGAGGAAAAAGUCAGCAAAAUAACUUUGUGAAAGACAUUCGGGCUUUCAUAGCUCUGCCGUUUUAAACCCAUCCCAAAAAAUUAGUACAAAUCUCUGACUGCUAUAACCCAAGACAGCAAUGGCUAAUUUAUCUUUCUUAUUGCCAUCUGCAUAAGGUCACAUUUCUCAUUUAGAGUCAGUGGAAUAAUAUCUUAAUCUUCUGACAAAUUAGAGGUUAUCAACUAACUAAAUUCCAGUGGAAGUCUCUUCUCAUGAUGCUGUUGAAAUCCACCUUUUCAUAAUUCCGAAUCUUUCCAUUUCUUUCUACUUCAACAUCUCUUGCUCAUCAGACAGCAAUCAAAUAAUGAUUGGUAGAUCUUGCUGUACCUGUAUGAUCUUACUGCUAUGCUCAUUGCUUUUGUCCCCAACAAAGAGUGAUGUCCAAGAUGGUUCCCAUCAGGUAUCAUCAGACAGGAUCCUGUCUCUUCCAUAUUCUUUCUUCCUCGUCUUCCUUUCUGCUUCAGGCUCCACUAUAUCCCUUAGUAGGUCUGAUCAUGAGAAAGUAUUUUCAGGUCAGAGACUGAGUACUGCUAUAUAACAACAAAAGUUGAAAACCACUGAAGUUCAUAACACAAGGGAUAUGUGGGGAUACUCACAUGGCCCACCCUUGGCAAAGUGCCUGAAUCACAACAGCUGAUUAACAGAGGGAAAUGUGAGAGUUUACAGUGUGUGUGAAUUUGAGACAAAACUGUCUGAGAAAGCGUUUGCCCCAAAAUAAUUAAGUUAAAGACAAAGAAGACCACCAGCCAGAUUAAACAGUAAUUGAGGAACUACAGAGACAUUUAAAACAUGGAAUGAAUCAGUUUGAAUGUGUAGUUCACUGACUGCCAGUUAAUUAUGUGUCAUUAAAAAAGCAAUAAAAUUUUGGUUUAAAAGUACAUUAAACACUUUUACCCUGCAGCAGAAGACAUGGUUGGGAUCAAAGGGUUACAGUAAGUGGGGUUAUAUCAGGCUGGUGGUCAGUCACUAGAGAGGUUCCCCAGGGCUCCAUUUUAGGGCCAGUUCUCUUCAAUGCUUAUGUAAAUGAUCUGGAUGCAGGACAUAGAAUGAUAGAAUCAUUUAGGUUGGAAAAGAUCUCUGAGACUGUCAAAUCCAACUGUUAACCUAGCACUGCCAAUUCUAGCACUAAACUAUGUCCCUAAACAACACAUCUACACAUCUUUUGAACACCUCCAGGGAUGGUGACUCAAUUACUUGCCUGGGGAGCCUGUUCCAAUGCUUUACAACCCUUUCAGUGAAGAAAAUUUUCCUAAUAUCCAACCUAAACCUCCAUUAGUGCAAACUGAGGCUAUUUCCUCUUGUCCUAUUGGUUGUUGCUUCCCCUCAGCCUCCUUUUCUCUAGGCUAAAAAAUCGAAUGCAUAAUAAUUAAGGUUAUAGAUGAUACUAAGUUAGAAAGAGCUGUUGAAUCCCUUAAGGGUAGAAAGGUCUUACAGAAAGAUCUUGACAAACUGGAAGGAUGGGCAGUCACCAACCAUACGAAGUUUAACAAGAGCAAGUACUGGACUUUGUACCUUGGAUGGGGCAGCCCUGCUAUACAUACAAAAUGGGCAUUGAGAGGUUGAGAACAGCCCCGUGGAAAGGGAUUGAGGGGUUCUGGUCAACAGCAAAAUGAACGGGAGUCAUCAGUGUGCGCUGGCAGACAAAAGGGCCAGCCACCUCACUUCAAGUACUGUGUGCAGGUUUGGGCACCACAAUGUGAGAAAGGCAUAAAACCAUUAGAGAGUGUCCAAAGGAGGCCUACAAAGAUGGUGAAGGGUCUAAAGGGCAAAACAUAUGCGGAGCGGCUGAAGUCACUUGGUCUGUUCAGUCCGGAGAAGAGGAGACUGAGAGGAGGCCUCAUGGCGGCCUGCAGCUCCCUCACGAGGGGAGCGGAGGGGCAGGCGCUGAGCUCUGCUCUCUGGGGACAGUGACAGGACCCGAGGGAACGGCAUGGAGCUGGGACAGGGGAGGGUCAGGCUGGGUGUUAGGGAAAGGUUCUGCACCCAGACGGUGCUCAGGCACUGGAACAGGCUCCCCAGGGCAGUGGUCAUGGUACUGAGCCUGUCAGAGUUCAAGAAGUGUUUGGACAAUGCUCUCAGACAUAGGGUUUGAUUUUUUUGGUCCCGGCCGGAGCCAGGAGUUGUACUUGAUGAUCCUUGGGGGUCCCUUCCAACUCAGGAGACUCAGUUAUUCUAUGAUACAUUUAUGUUUCCUCUUGUAGCAACAUUGUUGGUGGAUGGAAGUGUCUUAUAUGCAUUCUGUAGGCACUGCAUACCUUUGUAACACUAUAUUAUAAACCUUUUUUUGCAAUAAAGUUGUUAACACACAAAAUGUCUAUUUGCUCAAAAAGUUAAAUAAAUAAAAUUUGAAAAAUAAAACACAUAUUUGCA